CCGAUGUGAACGCGCCUGACGGAUCCCCGGCGGAGAUGGUGGUGGUGGGAGGGGGUGGGGGGGGAGCGGUAGCGAGGGCGCGCAUCUCUGUCCUCCGCUUGUGAGGCGACUGCAGGGGAGCCAGAUGCCCGACUGCGAGCCGCUGCCUGUGGAUACCUAUCCCAAAUGCCAGAGCAGGCGAGAACCACAGACACAUUUCACCCUCUGGCAGUAAGCGGAGUAAGAAUUUGUUUUUUUAUGUUUUCCUUUCCCCCCCUUCCUCUUCUUCUUCUUCUUCCUCCUCCUCGCUUCGCUCUCUGUUGCCUCAACCUCUGCUUCAAAUGAGGAGCUUCCUUGGACUUGGAGUACCGGGCAUCAGUAGAAAAAAAACCCGUUAUCCCACUCUGCCCCUGCUGCUGCUGCUGCUGCGGCGCUGCUGCUGCUGCUGCUGCCUGUGAGCGCGUCCUCUCGCUGCUUUUGGAAUAUACAGCGUGCCUAUAUGCGCAAAAACCAUGGAGAUUAUAUGACGUGGAUUUAUUUUUUGAACAAAACUGGACAUCUACAAUAACGACGUCCCUUCUUCUUUUUCCAUCUUUUUAUCGCCUUUCUCUCUUUUUUUGCGUUCUUCUUCUUCUGUUCUUUCGUUUGAUCCAUAGCCACUUUUAUGAUUUCAUGUCCUUAGCGAUCCCUCCUUGCUUUUAUUUAUCUAUUUAUUUAUUUAUUUAUUUUGCACACUUGUUAUUUUUUGGUCCGUUUCGGAGGGCGCAGAAGUGGGAUGCCUCGCGGAGAACAUUUUGUUGGGGGAGAAGAUUCCGCGCAGCAGCAGCGAGGGUGAAUGAAUGAUAGUCUCCCUCUCCAUCUGAGACGUGCCAUGGAUGGGAAACUUAAUUUGUUUCCACGGAACCGAUCGGGGAAUAGCCGUCGCAUCAAAUAACUACUGCUGACAGCGAUCAGGACGAAUGUCAUAGGAUGAACACUGCUGGUGGGGUGUGUCUGUCUGUGCUGUCCUCUCUCCUGGCCGUGGUCGGGGCCCUGGCUGCCGUGUCUGCCCUCACUCUAGCUCCUCUCUCUGCCCUGGCUGAGGCUGCCUAUGGGGCUGCCGAUGGCAUCCCCAGCACCGGGGCAGAGGGGGCCCCUUCACCCAUCUCCUCACCAUGCUCCAGCCUUGUAGCUGGGGUGCUCUAUGGGUCUUUCUCCCUAAGGGAGCUCUUUCCUUCCAGGGUGCCGGGCUGUUCCUGGUCCCUGGAAAAUCCCGACCCCACCAAGUACUCCCUCUACCUCCGCUUCACCCGUCACCCAAUCAUUUGCCGGACACACUCCCCCAUGCUCCUCUCUCUUGACCACCACCAGGCCAAUCAAAGCUGUCCCCUUCAUUUACAGUCGGUCGCUGCCAGGGAUCAGGAAGUCAUUGAUCUCUGUGGCAGGCAAUCCAACUCAGAUGGACCUUACUCCUUCCUACAGUUUGAUAAGAACUUUGUCCAACUAUGUCUAACAAGACAUCCAGCUGCUGAUGAGCCUCAGGUAACCAAGGAAUUGCUGGAGCUCAGACUGGUAGAGGUGUUACUCAUUAACAAUGAGAACUCCAGUCAGUUUACCUGCGGCGUGCUUUGCCGAUGGUUUGAGGAGUGUUUACGCACAGGACACAAUGGGGAUCAGGAGGUUUCUGAUGGAGAUGGUUGUGGGAUGACCCAGACAGGAUGUAUCUGUCCAAACCACAACAUCAUGGCACCACCUAUUCCGUUGCUCCCAGAGACACCCCACAGUUUCAGCAAUGGUUCGCUGGUUCCUGAUGACUGCUGUGUGACUGAGCUGCAUUCCAAUGAUGCGAUCGCCAUAGCGCCCAGAGAUGUCCGACAAGAUCCAUAUGAUGAUGACCUGAAGGUGAAGACCCAAAGACCACGAUCAGCUGACCAGCCAGGUGUGUUUCAGGCACAAACAGGUGACCCUGCCGCAGAGGAAUGGUCACAGUGGAGCGUAUGUUCGCUCACAUGCGGGCAAGGCUGGCAGGUGAGGACGCGAUCAUGUGUUUCUUCUCCCUAUGGGACACUGUGCAGCGGCGCCCUUAGGGAAACACGCAUGUGCAACAACACCGCCUCCUGUCCAGGGGAAACUGGGAUCACAGGCUCAGUGGAGGGCCAGUGGUUGGAGUGGGGUCCGUGGUCGAGGUGCAGUGUGACUUGUAACACAGGGACCCAGCAGAGGCAGAGACGCUGCAGUGCAUCAGUGCAUGGCUGGGCUGAAUGUAAGGGCCCCCAUCAGGAGAGCAGAGAAUGCACCAACCCCUCAUGCAGCGGUGGAGGUAACUGGGGCAGCUGGAACCACUGGAGUCUCUGCAGCAAGACAUGUGACUCUGGUUGGCAGCGUCGCUUCAGGAUGUGUGAGGGCACUGGUGUACAGGGCUACCCCUGUGAUGGCUCAGGAGAGGAGGUCCGCUCCUGUAAUGAGAAGAAGUGCCCUGCUCCUCAUGAGAUAUGUAAAGAUGAGCACCUCCUCUCUAUGUCGUGGAAGAGAGCCUCAGCUGGAGAAACUGUCUACAACAAAUGUCCAACUAAUGCCACUGGAUCUGCUAGUCGUCGUUGCAUGCUGGACAAUAAUGGAGUUGCUUUCUGGGGUCCUCCGAGCUUCGCCAGAUGCGUCUCACUUGAAUAUAGAUAUUUACAUUUAUCUUUACGAGAGCAUCUCGCGAAGGGUCAGAGGACCCUGGCUGGGGAGGGCAUGUCUCAGAUCGUAAGGAGUCUCCUGGAGCUCUUGCAGAGGAGGAGCUACUACAGUGGCGACCUUCUCUUUUCCACGGAGAUCCUGCGAAAUGUGACGGACACCUUCAAAAGAGCAACCUACAUCCCAGCUCCCGACGACGUGCAGAAAUUCUUCCAGAUAGUCAGUCACAUGUUGGACAUGGAAAAUCUAGAGAAAUGGGAGGACGCUCACCAGGUCGCUCCCGGUGCCGCUUUGCUGAUGAGGAUAUUAGAGGAUUUCAUUCACCUCAUCGGUGAAGCCCAGAAGCCUUUUCAGAGUUUUCUGGUGGUUACAAACAACCUCAUGAUAACAAUCCAGCGAGAGCCCGUGUCAGCAGUUUCCAGUGAUAUCAACUUCCCCAUGAAGGGCCGGAGAGGGAUGAAGGACUGGGCCAGAACAGCAGAGGACAAGCUCUACAUCCCUAAAGAGGUCUUCACCGUCCCUACAGAAGAAACAGAGGCGGAUUCAGAGUCUACAAUGUACUAUGUCAUUGGAGCCAUCUUGUACCGGACAUUGGGCGUCAUCUUACCUGAGCCAAAUCCCCCUGUGGUGAUCAACUCCAAGAUCCUGACAGUGACAGUACGACCGGAACCGCAACCCAGCGAGCCCAUGGUGGUGGUGGAGCUGUCACCGCUUUUGAAUGGUACAUCAGAUCCUCAGUGCGUUGUCUGGGACUACGGCAACCCGGAAGCUGGCGCAGAAAACUGGGGCACAGAAGGCUGCCAAACGCUCGCGUCAACCACUGUCCACACCAAAUGCCUGUGCAGCAGGAUAUCCACCUACGCCGUGUUAGCGCAGCAAGCUAAAGACCCGGACAUGGGUCCUACCAGCAUGCCCUCUGUGCCCCUCAUGGUGGGCUGUGGGGUUUCCUGCACCGCUUUGCUCAUCCUGCUGCUAAUUUAUGCUGCCUUCUGGAGGUAUAUCCGUUCAGAGAGAUCGAUCAUCUUGGUGAAUUUCUGCCUCUCUAUCCUGGCCUCCAACUUAUUGAUUUUGGUGGGACAAUCUCAAACACUUAGCAAGGGCCUCUGUACUGUGACUGCUGCCUUCCUGCAUUUCUUCUUCUUGGCAUCUUUCUGCUGGGUGCUGACAGAGGCGUGGCAGUCCUACCUGGCCGUCAUCGGCAAAAUGAGGCCACGACUCAUUCGCAAGCGUUUUCUGUGCCUCGGCUGGGGUCUUCCAGCCCUCGUUGUAGCAGUGUCGGUGGGUUUCACCAGAGCAAGAGGUUACGGCACAGCCAGCUAUUGCUGGUUAUCCUUGGAGGGUGGUCUCCUUUAUGCCUUCGUCGGCCCCGCUGCUGUCAUUGUGUUGGUGAAUAUGCUCAUUGGAAUUGUGGUGUUUAACAAGCUGAUGUCUCGAGACGGCAUCUCCGACAAGUCUAAAAAGCAGCGAGCGGGGGCCUCUCUGUGGAGUUCCUGUGUGGUUCUUCCUCUGUUAGCACUGACCUGGAUGUCAGCGGUGCUGGCCAUAACUGACCGGCGCUCCACACUCUUCCAGGUCCUUUUUGCCGUCUUUGACUCCGUCCAAGGUUUUGUCAUCAUCACCGUCCACUGUGCAAUGCGCCGAGAGGUGCAGGACGCAGUGCGCUGUCGGAUGGGGGGAUGCAAAGACGACAGCGAAAACUCACCAGACUCCUGCAAGAAUGGACAGGUGCAGAUCAUGACGGAUUUUGAGAAGGAUGUGGACUUGGCAUGUCAAACAGAGAGAGGACACCCAUUCAUUUUCAAGGAGGUCAACACCUGCAACCCGGCCACCAUCACUGGGACCCUUUCCCGCAUUUCCCUGGAUGACGAGGACGAUCCCAAGCUGGCAGCCCAUCAGGAGGGGGGAGUCGGAGUUAACUUCAGCUCCCUCCCUGGGAACAUUCCCCCUCCCAACCUCAUUGUACAGGUUCCACCCCUAGGAGGCCUCAAUGAGCUGAGUGAAACGCCCCUAAAGAAGGAGGUGAAUGUGGAUCAGCAGAGACAGCAAGGGCAGCAACGUAGCGGUGCUCCAAUCUACCUGUGCACCGAGAGUGGCCUGGGCUGGGCACGACCGCCAGCUUCCUCCAACAAUUCCCAGGAUGGAAGUGCCGGAAGCGGAGGAAGUGGAGGAGGAGGGGGAGGAAGUGGCGGAGGAGGGGAGGGAGACUACAUGGUCUUACCUCGUAGGACGGUCAGUCUCAAACCUCCAGCACCCUCCUCCCAAGGAGGCCUGGGACUGGGGGGCGAGGACAAGCCUCUCAACAUCGCAGUGGAGGAUCCUCCCUUCCCCCCUCCUCCAUCUCCCCUAACCCUCCACCCGGCUGAGAGCGAGGCCUACCCGGCGGAUUUUGUGCCAUCCAGUGUGGGCGACAUGAACAUCACCAUGAACCUCAACCGCUCCUAUGGGACGAUCAAAACCAUGCCCCACGGGCACGGCCACAUGAUGGCUCAGGGUGGUCUUGUACACUCCCACGGAGGACACAUGCAUCCCCACGGGCAUUCGCUCCAACUGAAGCCAGGCCAGAGGCCGUCAGUCCGACAGAUCCUAACGGGGGGAACUACAGUGGAGAGAACCAGGACCCUGCCACGCAACCUGGGCAGCACCAACGCCAACACCAGCCUCUCAGCAGGAUCCCUGGAGAGGAAAAGAGUACGGUACUCUGAGCUGGACUUCGAGAAAGUGAUGCACACUCGCAAAAGACAUUCUGAGCUGUACCAUGAGCUCAACCACUCCUCCAAGUUCCACACCAUAGACAGGUAUAGCAGGGACGCAGCCAUGUCCACAUUCAAGGACAAGUCAACCCCAGAGGACCAGAGCUCCUGGGACAGCUUCAAGACCAUGACCCCUGAGCUGUCCAUCGUGCCUGGGGAGCAGAAGGACCGGAUGGAGCUGCACAAUAAGAACUGGGACUCCUCCUCUGCUAACACACCAGACUCAUCCGAGGGAGACUUCCAGACUGAAGUGUGAAGACACGCAGAUGUACACUUGCUCACUUGAACACACACACACACUCUCAUGCCGAGAAACGGUACAGAUGCACACAGAGAUACUGAACUUCUGAAAAGCUAUACAUAAGUACAUGAUUUUUUUUCCUUGGCAAAGAUCUCUCACACACACACACUGCUCCCCGUCUCCUGCAAUGUGCUCUGUCGGAUCCCAUCCUGUAUUUGUUUACUCCUGCAGUGGACAGACAUGGAAAGAAGACUGUUCUACUCUAUAUUUUCACAAAGACUAUUGAAAAGAAAGAACAGGGGCUUGACACGUCUGUGAUUGAGGAAAAUUUUUAAAUGAACUUAAAAGAAAAACUAUGAAAAACUUAUUUCUGAGAAAAAUGUCUUGAUUUUAUUCUGGAGAAAAAAAGAAAAUCUCUGUCAAUUGUUUGAUGAUUUGGGGUGGGGGGUUAAAAAAAAAAAGAAAAAGAAGAAUAUUUCUGCACCGUUCAGUUCUUUUUAUAGCAAGGGGGAAAAAAAUCUCACUGAGGUUUCUCACACUGGUAACCCCACCCCUACCCCACCCCAGGCAUCCUGCUUUCAUUUAUUUCCUUUUCCCUUCUAAUGGAUGACGACAGCAUUCAAUCUCUCAGUCUUUCCUUUGUUCCUUUUCUUCUCGUCAUUUUGGGAUGGAUAGGGGUUGGGGGACAGGGAAAGAGCUGCUCAUUGGUACGUGCCAUCCUCUCUGCUUUUUUUUUUUCUCUUCAGGUUCCAGUUCAACAGCCCCAUCCAUCCAUUUCUUUCGCAUCCUCCGUGUCGACAUCAUACACCCCCCCCCACCCCCUACCCCCCUUUCCCCUUUUUUGUGUAUUUUCUGUGGUUUAGUUAAGAGAAAAUGUCCUCCCUUAUGGUUUGAAACUUUUAAUGAAAAAAAUAAUACGAUUGAAACAAAUAACUACCAACUGAGUUGUGUUCUAUGGUCUAACUGUUCAAGAAGAAUUGAUUUAUUUUCAGACUGGUUUGUUUUUUUUUUCUUCAUUAUUUUUCCUUUCUUUCAUUUCCUGUGAGAAUGAACCCAUGUGGAACUUUCAAAAAAAGAAGAAAAAAAAAGACAUAGGACACACACACACGGCACAUAAAUGUAAGCUUGCUUUCUGAGGUAAUGUGCGCCGCAUGUUAUCAAUCCAUGAGGGAAAAGAGGGUUAGUGAUCGUCAUGCAGAUUCUUGCAUCUCCUUCUUUUUUUUUCCCUCCACUGCUCGGCGAUAAAGGCCUUUAAAGAUUGCAGCAUCUGAAUCCAUUUCAGCCAUCAGCAAUCAUAUUGAAGCUAGAAAACGAUAAUAUCUCAGUCAUUUUCAUCCCAGAUGGAAUUCGUGCUAGCACUGUUUAGCAUCUCAUUCCUCAAAAACAGAUUCCUUACAGUGAACUAUCAAUCAGUUUAGCUCUUUUCUUCUUUUCCCCCAAGAGCUCAAAACCAAACGUGACUUCCUUUGCUUUCGUCUGCCACCUCCUUCCCUGUCCCUCCACUCUGUUGCUCAUUCUGCCCACCCAACGUCGCGCUACCGGGAGGCAUGAAAUCUUGAUGUUAGCAGUGGAGCCAGUUGUAUAAUUCCUCGUUCACACAGAUCCCUCUCCGUGUGAUUGUAUACUGCGCUUUUGAGCAUAGCAGCUGCAGAAAGAGAAGGUGAAACAGAACAGCAGAGAUGGGUGGGGUGGGGGGUUGGGGGGGGUCACAGAGGUUAUAAGGCUACAAGGUGCCAGACUGGAAGGAAAGAAAAAAUAGCCAGUGGUGAUGCUUCCUGCUUGACAUUCUACAUCCGUGCUUCAGUCGCUACAAGAGGACAACCAGUUUCCUGCUGCUGCUACAUUAGCACAUCAGCCCUCCACGCUCCGACAGAGAGAGAGUGUCAGAGUGCAGGAUGAAUUCAAUAGAUGGCUCGAUAAGUUUUCUGUCUAUGUUCAAAGCAGCUCUCAUUAAUCUCACGGUCUGGUGAAAGAGAUGAGGGACAAUUUACGAGGGGAAAAAAGGCAAGUGAGAGAAAAUGGUAUCCAAGGAUAAAGAUCCAAAAAUAUAUAGCGAGAAAACUAGAGGCAGGCAGAGAUGCAGAUUAAGAAGGGGGAGAGCUCAAAACAGUAAUUAUCCGGGGAUGGCGAUUUGUCCUGACAUUUUCCAAUGCAGCCCUCAAACCAUCUGUUUAAAGAUCCCUAAUGUGGUAGUAGUGCAGCGCAGCGCAGAUGGCGAGACAAGAGUGUGGCCCUUCUAACCUUUCAAGCUAAUCAGCUGAUAGGCAAACCUACAGCUCGCAUCCUCUCGAAGGAGGGAGGUAGGUUCAGCCCCAAGUUGCUGUGCUAAGGUCACAUUCACCUGACCUUCUGUGAGGCUCAGGAUCCAGAUCCACUAUACGGUGUGUCCAAACAGAACAAAGCAGCGCUCAGUCGGUUACACAGUCUCUGUCAGUUUUACUCUAGAGUAGAAAAAAACACGUGUCUCAAAUGAAACAGAUUUGACCUUUAUACAGACAAAUUAGCGUUGUUUUUUUUAAAUUUGUAAAACUGAAUAUUUUAGAGAAAGAUCUAGAUGAAAUCUCCACAAAUCCUUGUUCCCAUGGUAACUUAUGAAUGGGAUUUGCAGAACGAAAGAUGGAAGGAAAGAAGGAAGGAAUGUGUGGUUUCAGUGCAGUGUAAGACUUUGUUACUUCUCCUCUAUUAGUGAUAUUUUUAAUAUGUUUCUAAUUUUUCUCUCUUGCUUGAGCUUAAACACUCAAUGAGGGCUGGAUUUUUACUUUUCAUCUUCAAGAACGGUAAGUGAGAUGCUGUUUGACUGAGAGAGAGAGAGAGAUGUUUGACCAAUUAUUCUAAUGUGCCACCACAACUGAGGAUGAUCUAGCUAGUUUGUAAGAGUUUGUUAAGAGAAACUGUGGUGUGACCGACAGAAGAUGCUGGUCAGGUGGUCAGAGUGUGUCAGUAUGCCAUCUUGUUUUCGUUUUGCAUUUGAAGCCUGCCAAACUCAGAAGUAAAUAUGAAACACACAAGACAAGCAAAUCUGCAACUUUACUCUGUGUGGACGCCAACUCCAAAAACUCCUAUGCUCACCUUCACCUCCACCCUGCAGCCUUUGAUGCUUAGGUGUUAACCGACUGCUACAACCAUCCAACACUCCAGUUGAUUUAUUUCUGAAAAACCCUCCCUUUCCUUUUCUCCCUCAUUUUUGUUCUUUUUAUACAUAAGAUUGUACAAAGUAGUCCUCUAAUGUUUUCAUAGUGUCUUUUUUAUAUGAAAAUAAAUUUUCAAAUUGA